GUAGUGUCAGUGGCUGAGUAUCACCGCAGGAUCGAUGCUCUAAAUAGCGAAGAACUGCGCACACUCUGCAGACGUCUCCAGAUAACAACAAGAGAAGACAUCAAUUCAAAACAGGAGACAAAUAUCAAAACAGACCUGGAGCCUGAAGCAUUCCGGCCAAAUCUUAGCGAUCCCAGUGAAUUAUUACAGCCAGAACAAAUUGAAAAGCUCACAAAGUCUCUUCCACCACGGACCAUUGGAUAUCCAUGGACCCUUGUCUACAGUACUGCAAAGCAUGGCAUGAGCUUGAAGACUUUGUAUCGAACAAUGGUGGGACUAGACACACCUGUGCUGUUGGUUAUCAAAGACAGUGAUGGACAGGUUUUUGGCGCACUAGCAUCUGAACCAUUUAAAGUGAGUGAUGGCUUUUAUGGCACUGGGGAGACCUUCAUGUUCACUUUUUCUCCAGAUUUUGAGGUUUUCAAAUGGACAGGAGACAACAUGUUCUUCAUUAAAGGAGACAUGGACUCCCUUGCUUUUGGUGGAGGAGGAGGGGAGUUUGCUCUUUGGCUCGAUGGUGAUCUCUACCAUGGAAGAAGUCAUUCAUGUAAAACAUUUGGGAAUCAUACACUUUCUAAGCGAGAAGACUUCAUUAUUCAAGACAUAGAAAUAUGGGCUUUUGAAUGAGUAUUUAAUUAUUUCUGCAGGGUGUUGUCCCAAACCUGACAUGAAUCAGUACAGCUCAAAAAUGCCUAGGAGCAAUAUAACACACCAUUUUACCUUUCUGGGUUUUUUGUAAGUUUCAGCGUGGCCAUCUAGUUCUUUUUUUUAAAUAGCAGACCCUUUUUCGUGCUCUCACAUCUGUAAUAUACUGUC